UGUUCAUUCAUUCAUUCUUUCUGUCUGUCUGAAAGAAAACUAUUUGAUCUCCACAAGCUUCCAAAGAAGGGGAAUUAGUGGGAAGUGAGAUCCAAAAGCCUCCUUCCCUUCCCACUCUCUCUCGUCCCUUCCCUUCACCGGUAAACUCAUCCCCAUCCACCUCUUCAUGAACUUGUCUUUCUGCUCUAUAGUUUCUUGCUCGUCUUCUUAUUCUACUAUUGGUGGGCUUUGUAUUUGUGUAAGUCUGCGAUUUGGUGAGGAGGAGGUAUUCAUCGUCGGACGGCGGAGAAGGGUGGUGGAGGCCAUGGUAUGAGACGAUGGUCCCGGCUCGGAACCUCCUCCGCCGGCACUACGACAGCUAUGGAAGCUGUUGCUCCGAUUUCGAUCGCAAAACCCCUUCCCUGAGAUCCAAUCCGAUAUUAAUGGCCGAAGAGCCCCCUCACACCCCGACCCGCCGACUCGACGAUGACGACGACGACGACGACGACCAAGACGGCGACGAAGAGAUGGGGACCAGCACCAGCAGCAGCCCCAGAGACUGGCUCCGAUUAGGCCUCGGCCAGCCGACGACUCCCUCUGGCCGUCGAGAAGGAUUGACCGAGCUCGAGCUGUUUACCGACAGACGGUCGUCUUCGUCGUCUACGCCUUCGCCCUACGAUCCCCGCGCCACUGCUCGCCCGGUGGUGGUGGGAAUGCCAUCCGUGAUGCUGCCAUGGCUGGCGCCACACCAAGGGAUGAUGGGUUACCGGCAGGAUGCAACGCCGCUCCCGCCGCCGUGGGGGUUGUGGAACAGUGGACCGAUCAUGGGGAGCAGUUCAAGAACGCCGCCGGCGAUGCCGGAGUUUGUGGUCCGGCAAUUCACGUGCCCGGCCGACAUGAGGGUGGUUAGUCCGCCGCCAAGGCCGCAGACCGGUAUCUGGUUCGUACUUCAGGCGGCACAAAAUCAAGGGAGAGAGCCUUUUCUGCCUCAGAUACCAAAGAGCUACUUGAGGAUUAAGGAUGGGAGGAUGACGGUUAGGUUGUUGAUGAAGUAUUUGGUAAGCAAGCUGGGUUUGGAGGAUGAAUCAGAGGUAGAGAUUACAUGUAGAGGACAAUUGCUUCUUCCCUACUGGACAGUACAACACGUUCGAGACAGCAUAUGGCGUUUGAGGGAGGCAGCGACAUUGCUGGUGGACUCACAGAGCACCAAUCACGUGAUGAUCUUGCAGUAUGGUAGAAGCGCAUAGAUUUUCUGGAUCGAUCUCAUGUAUAAUUAAUCAUUCCACUGAAUUCUUUUUGUUGUUCUUAACUUUGGUGCAUGCCUUCUGUUUUGUUGUAUCUGAUUCAUUGAGAAUUAGCUUGGAAGUACCACAAUGUUCGAGGGAUAGAUGGAACGUCAAUAGUGUAUUUCCAGGCCAUCUUGGCUUGAUAAAAUUUUCAGUUUUUAACUAACUAAUUCAAAUUC